AUGGUGCACCACAUCCACAUUGCCGUCCUGGACGUCGACAUUCCAGCCCGUCAACUGUAUGAAGCCCGCGGACUAUGCAGCGCGCACUUCCGCGCCGUGCUCCGCGAAACCGCCGCACGGCUGAACGAAACCCUCUUCUCCGAGAAGGAGCAGCUCGACGUGAAGAUCACCCCCUACGAUAUCCGCGGCGGCCACUAUCCAGACCUGUAUAAGCUGCGCGGCCACACCGGCCCGGACCAAUACCCCGUGGCCUUCCCCGUGGACGCCGUCCUGAUCACCGGCGGCUCGCCGGGCGUGUACGAAAUGGACCGAUCCCCCUGGAUGCAGGAACUCAAGGGCUUCGUGCGCACCGUGUACGCGCAGUACCCGCAGGUGCGCAUUCUGGGCACCUGUUUCGGACACCAGUUGAUUUCGCACGCCAUCGUGCGCAACAAGGAAGACACCGCGCGCGACGUCUGGGUGGAGAAGUGCCCACUUGGCCGCGAGGUCGGAAUUCAUAAUGUGCAAUUAAAUAAGGGCUUCUUGGAUGCCUUCCCGGCUGCGCUGGGCCACUUGCCCGAUGGCAAGUUGCGCAUUCAGAUGUUCCACGGCGACCGUGUCAUGGCUGUCGAGAAGGGAACCCCCGUGACGGUGACCGAGUCGCCGCCCGUGUCGCUGCCUGCCCCUUGGAUUAAUAUUGGAAGUACCCAGAUCUGUCCGAUCCAGGGUCUCUACCACCCCGGCCGGGUCCUGACCGUGCAGGGCCACUACGAGAUGGAUGCCUUCGGCCUGACCAAGAUGUGUCUGGAGGCCGCGCCGGUGAUGGGCUGGAAGGAGUCGAAGCUGGCUUUGUUCCUGGAGCAGGUGGGCGAUGACCUGAAGGAGGACCAGUGCGACCGCAAGGCCUUUGCGUCGGCUGUAGUGUCCUUCCUGGCUGGCUUCGAGCAAUGA